AUGUCGUCGUUAGCAUUAGCUGCACAGAACCUCUCAAUUUAUUUGGGCAUAUUUGCUUUAGUCGCAGGUAUUCUUGGUGGACUUCUCAACAUCAUUGUUUUCCUUAGUUUGAAAACAUUUCGACAAAGUUCAUCGGCAUUCUAUUUAACGAUCAUGUCAAUAUCAAAUCUUGGAAUAUUAAUAAGCGGUCAACUAACUCGAAUAUUAAUCAGCGGAUAUUCAAUUGAUUGGACACAAACAUCUUUGUUCUAUUGUAAAUUUCGAACAUAUUCAUUACAAACUUUUUCGAAUGUUUCACUUGCAUAUUUGAGCUUAGCAACAAUCGAUCAGUAUCUCUCAACAUGUUCACGUCCGCAGUGGCAACAAUGGAGUAACAUUAGAGUUGCUCAUCGAUUGGCUAUUUUAGUCGUUUUGCUUGGGUUGAUUUGCAACAUUCCAUAUGCAAUUUACUAUGUUCACAAUCAAUCACCAACAACGGGUGGAAUCACAUGUACAAGUACAAAUGACAUAUUCCAACGCUAUAUGAAUUAUGUCUCUGGAAUCACUUUGACGAGAAUUUUACCAAUUGGUUUGAUAAUCUUAUUUGGCAUCUUGUCUUACAGAAAUAUUCAACAACUAGCACGUCAAACAGUACCUUUAGUUCGACGUGAGUUAGAUAGGCAAAUAACGAUCAUUGUUCUCGUACAGAGUGUGAUCACUUUCUUCACAAUAACGCCUUACAUUGUUGUAUAUUGUCUUCUAUUGGUAUUCAAUGCGAAUGACCAUCCGGCUAUUUUUAACAAUUUGCAGGCUACGAAUUCGAUCGCUUUGUCUGUAUAUUACUUAUACUUUGCGAGUCCAUUUUAUAUCUAUUUCUGUGCCUCAGCUCGAUUUCGUCGACAACUGAAGUAUGUUCUGUUUGAUGUUCAUUUCAAUCAAUGUUGCCGACGCAUCACUCCUAAUACGACACUGUCAGAACUCGUUCUGGAUAACAAUCAAAUCGGCGAUGGAGAUGCGCAACAUAUUGGAAUUGGAUUACAAAAGAACAAGACACUCAUCGGGAUCAGUCUGUGUAGCAAUCAAAUCAAAGAUAAAGAUGUUCAGGGUAUCGGCGAAGGUUUAGAACAGAACACAACAUAA